GAUCACCUGAAUUACCUUAUAGUAGCAUAAUCUACCAUGGGCGUUCGACACCCUCAUAAACCUUCAGAAUAUCCAUCCUUCAUAUUAUAUCUCUUAGACAAAACACAUCUCACAGUGACGGCAGCUACGACCAUUUAUGUUCUUUAUCAACGUCGUGCUCAUCCAUUAUACUUUGGUAUCGGAGCUAUACUAUCUUCUAUAUCUGCCAAACUUGUCAAACAUUUCAUCCGCGAUCCUCGACCUCCUCCAGCUUCUUCCAUCUCUUCCCCCGUCCGACCCAAACGCACAUACGGUAUGCCUUCCACUCAUUCUACCGUUCUGACUUUCUUCCUAGCAUAUCUCCUUCCACAAUCUCCCACCUUCACUCAUCCUUACAUCUAUGGAACCAGCAUAGCCGCAUACUGGGCUGCGGGCGUGUGGAGCCGAACCAAACUGGGCUAUCACACUUGGCCUCAAUGUCUCGGCGGUAUCUUUUUCGGUGCUGCCCUCGCAUGGGGUUGGAAUAGCCUAUGGAUAGGUCAACCCAGUCUAGAGGGGAACAUUCAGACAUUGAUAGACCUUAUGUUGAGCCCUCUGGGAUUAUCCAAUUAGAUCUGUACACUGUGAAGAGAAAUGCAUAAUGCUGAAUCUCAC